CAGUCGACUCCCGAAGAUCGUCAAUCGUGUCAGAGGCAGUAACAAAAUAAAUUCGACAUUCACACCCUUACUAUACAUGAAGAGGUUGAAUACAUUAGCCAUAAGGACUUCUGUCAGUAAUGUUUCGAUGUAUUGCUCCUUGCUCUUAAUUGCCGCAUUUCCUACUGUUGACAAUCCGCUUGAUGUCGCCGUCUAUCAUGACAUGGAGGCUAUGUGUUCUGUGGCAGACGACACCGACGGGUCUAUGGGCUCACCUUGGAGAUCGGAUCGUACCGGAAUCAGAAUGCCUGAUCCAGGCCAUGGCGGAGUCGGGCAGCUUACAAAGCACGUGUCUCAUAAGUCGCGACUCGUCACUGGUUCACAUCACCCUUCCCCGUUGGGCCGGCCGUUGGAGACAAUCCUCAUGCGCUAGGGCUGAGGUCCGGACAUUCUGCGGGAAAAUCAUGGUGCCCAGGGGUCUCCUCGUCAGCGAAAAGCAUGGACAUUGGUGUCGAGGAAACAAAGGCCGAGCGACGAAAAAAUCCGAGUCUCAAGUUGCUUAACUAAGUCCGACAAGUCCAAGUUGACUUGGCAAGUCAGGGCAGGGGGGGGCUAUUGCGAUGGCGCAGGAGUUCUCAGAGGUGAGAUGGCAGCUCUGUUGUAUCCGUAUACUCGUAUUUGGAUCAUCAGCCCAAAGCCUCUCUUGGCUAUGGACAAGCCGUCGCAUCUCGGAGGUGAGGACGUAAUGUCGACGCGGCUUCGUGGCUGCGACAGGCUACGGUACUGAGCGUGCGAAAGAGCAGAAGAAACUGAUACGGCUUCAGCGUCGAUCGUUCAAAGUGAUCUACUUGGG